AUGUCGAGUUGGCACGACGACGACGAGCCCCACGCGGCCCGCUUGGUGUUGCUGUCGCUCACCAGCGAGCGGGAGGAGGGGCUUUCCAUGAUAAGGACCCAGCUUGCCAGCGACGGCGACGCCGCCGCCGCGGCAGCGCUCCCCGUGCUUUUGUCCACUUACAACUACUACCUCGACCCCCACCUGAGAACCCAGUUGGUGGCGACGUUGGAGGCCAUUGUUGCCCAUGACUCGCAAUACUUGUCCCAGGUGUUUCAGUUUGUGGCUCAGGUGUCCACCGCGGGGUUGGCGGUGACGCUGGUGCUCACGCUUUUAAGUUGGGUGAACCACUUUUUACCCCAGGCGGCCCCUGACGCCGAAUUGGCGAAUACUGCCCUUACCAGUCAAGCUAAGCUUGUGGAGAACAUCGUGGCUCAUUGCCAGGGCCAAACCCAAAAGCAUUUGGCCCGGAUCAAGCUGCUGGCCAUCCACUCAUCGCAAAUGGCCGUGGCGGCGCUGAUGCUGAGGAACCCUCAAUUGUUACAAUCGGUAUCCCUCGACAAGAUGGAGGCGAGUGUCGGCUGUUGCUUCUUGGGGCUUGUGGCCCGUGCCCCGCCCAAUACCAUCGCCGAUGACUACAUCGCUAAUGCUGGCGAAUGGUACGGCAACCAGGUGCUUUUGCUGAAGACAGCAGUGCCGGUGCUGUCGCUCGAGUUGUUUGGCGAGUUUGUCACCGCUUACAUCACCGCCGACGUUUUCAAGACUUCCAUUUUGCCGUUGGCGGAGAAGGCAGUGUUGCGCCUGCUGGAGUUGUCGUGGGGCACCAAUUUGCCGCCGCUCUUCCUCGCGUGCGACUUUGACAUGUCGGUGGUGUUGUCGCUGAAGCUUUUCCCCCUGAUGCUCACGGCGAUGAAGCUGCCGAAACCGGCAGUCGUCGAAGGGGCCACCGCCGCCGCCACCCAGGUGGUGCUUAAGACUAAAGAACAACAGCCCAAGCUUAUCGACGAGAUUGCGAAGACCCUCAAGGCGACGCUGAACGUCGACGCAAAGCGUAGCAUCGCCAACUUGUUCACCAUGGUCAAAACUGACGACACUCCUGACGUUGGCGCCCAUUUGCUCGAUACCCUCAUUCCGAUCAUUGCCAAGGAACAGAACGAAGUGCUGUUGGAGCCGUUGGCGCGCGUGUUUUGCCGGUUAGCCACCACUGAUGCCAAAUACGUGGCGGUGGUUGCUAAAGGGUUGGACGAUAAGAAGCCGCAAAUCAAGCGGGUGUGGCUUUUGGCAGUGACAGAAGCGUCCCCCGAAGUGGUGGAGCAAGUCAAACCUCAACUUCAGAAGGUGGUCGAUGCCGCCAUUGACACCCCGAUGCCCAUGGUCGCCUCCAAAUUGAUGGUGGGGGCGUUUGUCGCAUUAACCAUCACUGACUACCAACCUCCCAAGGCUUUGGGGCUUUUAGUCAAUGGUGAUGUGUACACUAAGCUUUCGGGUGAUGACCUUGGCCCUUACAUUCAGGCACUUAGAGCCACCGACGGUGAACUGGAAGCGACUAAGUAUGCCGAUGCUUGGUUGUGGGCGAUGACCUCGCCGCAAGUUGAUUUCCAAACGCGUUUACGGGCGGUGACAUUGGCUAAGGAAGUGGCCAACACUCACCUGUGGUUUUCCCUGCAAUUAAUCGACCUGUUAAAGCGUGCUCUCCAGACCGGUACCCCCGACUUGAUGGCGAAACUGGUACCGCAAGUGCUCGCUAUGCUCACGCAAUUGGACAGCGUCGAAGCCGUGAAACAGAAUGCGUUGGCGCUUGUGGUGAUUGCUAACCACGCUAAGGUCCCCGUCAACAAUGGAUGGAUUGGUCUUUUACAAAGAAGCCGUGGCGCUAACGAUAUUGCCAAGCUUGUGCUUGAAACCUAUCAAGAGUUGCUAAACACUUUAACGGAGGAAGUGUUUGGUGAAUCGGAAUCGGCGUGGCAUCAGGCCCUUGUCAAGACUAUUGCUUUACUUGGGUUCAUUCUUCCUGAACCCGUGGUCCCUGAACUCUUAACUCGCAUUAAGGAUACUUACAGAGAAGUGUACCAGCAGUUGGUGACGGUGGACGACGACAAGAUUGCCAUCUGGCGACACCAAGGCCCCGAACCCUACGUUGAUGUGUUGGCCAAGGGCAAGCCUGAAGAUAAGAACCUGAAAGACUACGAGACCCGCAAGUGGGAAGAGCUGUUGAAGAAGGACUUGAAAAAGAAGCCCACAUUGACCAAAGAGCAACAAGCUCAAGUUAAAGCCCAACUAGAAGUGGAACAGGGUAUCAGACUGGAAAUCAACGAAUGGGUGUUCAAAUUGAAGCUGGUGGUGGCGAUCUUUGGUGCUCUCACCGAUACCGCUAAGCUUAAUGUCGAUAAUGCCACUGCCUACUGGUUCCCUGAUGCUGUCUCGAAGCUUUUGCAAUUGGCUAAAGCACCCUACACCGAGGCGGUAGUGGGCACUCAGGUUGUGGACACGUUCUUGCAAUUGCUGGAGUUGUGUACCCCCAAGCUCGCGGCGAUUCGCCAGAUGCUUGGCGUCGCCACCCUCCGCACGUCCAAGGUGGCGGUGUCGCCUGCCUUUUCCGCCGAGCCUCUCCUUUCCCUCGUGGGUCGUCUUUUAUACCGUAUCAAGAUGGUGUCUGACUCGCAGCCGUUGGAUCUGACCACGUUAACCUACUGUAUGCCUCUCUUGGUGCAAGUGUUGAAGAUUGGCUACAAUAAAACGGUGGCCAACGCCCAGCAGAAGAAGGUGGUGACGUCGGAAUUUGUUGACGAGGAUCCCGAGGAGGAACACUUGUUGCUUGCGCUCGAUAUCAUCCAAAACCACGCCAGUCAGUUUGAGCUGGCGGCGCACGCCCAGGUGAUGCCGAGAACUCCUAUUUUGGAAGUGGUGGUGGCGUUGAUGAAACUCCCUCAACGGGCGAAACUGGCCAAGGAAACGUUGACGUCGUUGUGUCACUAUAUCGGGAUCUCGCCGUUACCUGAAGACUUGGAGUUGUUGCUCUCCGCGGUGAUCGUGCCGGAAGUGUACGUGAAACACGCCGUGUUGGAAGCUAUCGAUGCUGAGUUUGAUCUUCACGCCGAGGGGCUCAAGUUCUCCCCUGAAGUGUGGAUUGCCGUCCACGAUAACGACGACGCCGUCGCCGAAACUGCGGCCACCGUGUGGCAAGACUCGCAAUUCCAAUUGCCCGAAGAUGCUCUCGAGCAACUCUUGAAGUUCUUUGGUGCCACUGAUGCUGGUAUGAGACUUGUGGUGGCGCGACUGUUUGUCAAUGCCGUGGCUGGUUUAAAGCAGCCGGAAAAGGCAGUCAAGCUUCUUCUCGACCAUUUCAGACAGUACCGCGACCCUCCUCCUCCCAAAAAGGAUGCGUUUGGGCUUGUGAUCAAACUGCUGGAACUGAGUAAAGACCCGUGGGAACACCGCCACACUGUGGCCCUCGCGCUCAAGAUGAUGGCCGAUCAAGUGGAACCGACGCUGAUGCCGGAAACCUUCAAGUUUAUGAUUGAGGAGUCGCUGCUUGGCGACCGCCACGACGAAGUGCGCUCGGAGCUCUUGAAUGCGGCGGUGGAUUUGAUCACCGCCCAAGGGGUUUCAGUGGUCGACGAGCUUUCGCCGAUCAUCGAAGCGUGCUUGAACCUGGCGGAUAAGGGGCUGAAGGAACAGGACACGUUGAAGGAGCUGGCGAUUGUCUGCUACGGUGCUUUAGCUCAGCACUUGGACGGGGCGGCGUUAUUUGGGGUCAUUGACCAGUUAGUGACGUCAUUAGCCACUCCCUCUGAGGAUGUCCAAGUGGCGAUUGGUAAAGCGUUUGCCCCCUUGGUCCCGAAGAUGGGUGACCAGUAUCUGGACUAUUUGGAUAAGUUAUUGAACGACUUACUCGAUGCCACCAAGCUGAUGCCGGUUCGCCGGGGUCUGGCGUACGGGAUGGCCGGUCUCGUCCACGGCUACGGCAUCAAGGCAUUGGCGGAGUUCGACAUUGUUCGCCAGUUGCUCGAUGCCAGUGACGAUAAGAAGCUGGCCGAACGCCGGGAGUCGGUGGCGUUUGCAUUUGAGUGUCUUUCUCACGCGCUCGGUAAGUUCUUCGAGCCCUACGUCAUUUCGGAAGUGCUUCCCGUGUUGCUCAAACAGUUGGGUGAUAUGCUGCCCGAGGUGAGAGAAGCUACCGACUACGCCGCUCGCCAAAUCAUGAAGAAUACUACUUCGUUUGGGGUCAAGAAGCUCAUCCCGGUGGCGAUUCGCAACUUGGACGAGAUCGCCUGGAGAACGAAAAAGGGGCUGGUGGAGCUUUUGGGGAACAUGGCCUACUUGGACCCGGCGCAGUUGCUGGCGUCGUUGCUGUUGAUUAUCCCCGAGAUUGUGGGGGUAUUGAAUGACACCCACAAGGAAGUGAGAAAAGCCGCCGACGCCUCGUUGAAGAAGUUUGGUGAAGUGAUCCGCAACCCUGAGAUCCAGGCGAUCGUCCCCGCGUUGAUUGACGCGAUCGGCGACCCCACUAAGCACACGGAGACGGCAUUGGACCAAUUGAUCCACACCCAGUUUGUCCACUAUAUCGACGGCCCGUCGUUGGCGUUGAUCAUCCACGUGAUCCACCGGGGGAUGAGGGACCGCUCCGCCGCCGUCAAGAAGAAGGCGUGUCAGAUUGUUGGCAAUAUGGCGAUCUUGGUCGACGCCAAGGACUUGGAACCCUACCUCAACCAGUUGGUGCUGGAGUUGGAAGUGGCGAUGGUCGACCCUGUCCCCGCUACCAGACUGACGGCCGCUCGUGCUUUGGGUUCGUUAGUGGAAAAGUUGGGCGAGCCGCUGUUCCCCGAGUUGAUUCCGCUGUUGGUGGCGACGUUGAACGACCCGGAACGCGCCGGCGACCGUUUGGGGUCGGCCCAGGCGUUGGCCGAAGUCAUUUGCGGUUUGGGUAUCGCCAAGUUGGAGGAAAUGUUGCCGCUCGUGCUCGAAGGGGCGCUGCUGCCGAAGCUGGCGGUGAGAGCCGGUUUCAUGCCCUUGCUCUUGUACUUGCCCGUAUGCUUUGGGUCGCUGUUUGCGCCUUAUUUGAACCAAACCAUCCCCCCUAUUCUUUCCGGUUUGGCCGAUAGCGACGCCGACGUCAGCGACACCGCGUUGCGCGCUGGCCGUCUCAUUGUCAAUAACUACGCCAAGAAGGCCGUCGACCUUCUCUUACCGGAAUUGGAACGUGGUUUGGGCGACGACAACUACCGCAUUCGUCUCUCGCUGGUGGAACUCACCGGGGACUUGUUGUUCCAGAUUGCCGGCAUUUCCGGCAAGAACGCCGCCGACAGUGCUGCCGACAGUGCUGCCGAUACCACCGCCGACGACGCCGUCGAGCUGGCGCUGCUGGGCGAAGUGGCCCAAGCACUUAUCGAUGCCCUCGGCCAACAGCGCCGCGACCACGUGUUGGCGCUGUUGUUCCUCUGCCGCUCCGACGUUGCCGGUAUCGUCCGCGCCGCCGCCGUCGACAUCUGGAACGCUCUCGUCGGCAACACCCCCAAGACGGUCAAGCAGAUUUUGCCCACCCUCAUUUCGAUCAUCGUGGUGCGCCUUGCUCUGGCCGACGACACCCACCGCAAGAUUGCCGCUACUUGCUUAGGCGACACCGUGCGCCGGGUGGGCGCCAACGCUCUCGCGCAGAUGUUGCCGACGUUAAAGGCCAACCUCGACGCCGCCACCGACAGCGACGCCAAGCAGGGUAUCUGUAUUGCCACCACCGAGUUGGUGGCGCUGGCGCUGGACGAGGCGCUUGCACAAUACCAGGACGUGUUUGUUGACAUUAUCAAGCAAGCGGUGAUCGACGACUCACCCGCGGUUCGCGCCGAGGCUGCCAUUGCCUUUGAGGCGUUGGUGGCGGCGGUGGGCAAGCCUGCCAUCGACGAGAUCGUCCCCGACUUGUUGCGGUUGAUGGCGCUGCCCCAGCGGGCCCAGGCGCUCGCCGGGUUGCGCGACUUGAUGGCGGCCCAGGCGGAAACCAUCUUCCCCAUCUUGUUGCCGACGUUGUUGGCGCCGCCAAUGGACGCGUUCAAGGCGCAGGCGUUGGCCCAGGUGUGUCUGGUGGCGGGGCUGGCGUUGCUGCGCCGCUUAGGCACGAUUGUGCUGACGUUAGUCGAAGCGCUUGUGGCCAACCCCGACGACACUGCCGUUGCCGAGGCGCUCGAUGCUGUACUUGUGGCCGUCGACGACGACGGUGCCCACGCGUUGUUGCAACAGCUUCUCCUGUUGGUGAAGCACGAGGACGCCGCCCAUCGCGCCGCCAUCUACGCGCGGUUGGGCAACUUCUUCGCCCACACCCAGCUCGAUUACUCUAUGUACUUGAGCGAGUUGGUGUCGCAGUUUGUGCUUUCGCUCGGCGACCGCGACCCCGUGGUCGUCCAGGGCACGUUCGAGGCGCUCUCGGCUCUCGUCAAGGCCCAGCCGAAAGAGCAGUUGGAGAAGUUGGUGCGCCCCGCGGCGCAGGCGUUGGAGAUGCUGGGGGUCAGAGACUGCGACCUUGCUGGGUUCGCUCUCCCCAAGGGUCCUCAGUGUGUGCUUCCGAUCUUCUCCCACGGGCUCAUGUACGGCAGUUCCGAGUUGAAGGAAGUGGCGGCCCGCGCCAUCGGCGACGUCAUUGGCAAGACCCCCGCCGCCAACUUGAAGCCGUUUGCCACGACGAUUACCGGUCCGUUGAUCAGAGUGAUUGGGGAAAAAGUGGGCCCCUCGGUGAAGCUGGCGAUCCUCCAUGCCCUCAACGCUCUUUUGGAAAAGAUCCCGCAAUUCUUGCGUCCGUUUGUGCCGCAAUUGCAGCGUACUUUUGUGCGGCUGUUGUCGGACCCCUCCUCUGACGACCUCCGCAAGCGGGCGGUGGAAUGUCUCGCGACGUUGAUCAAGUUCCAGCCGAGAGUCGACGCCCUCGUGUCGGAAUUAGUCCAGGGGGUGACGCUGGCCCCCGACCAGGGGGUGAAGACCGCCAUGCUCCAGGCGAUGCUUGCCGUUGUCGCUCACGGGGGCAGCAACAUGCUGGAACAGCUGAAGGCGCAAGUGUUACAGUUGGCGCAACAGGAGAUCGGCGGCAGUUCCAACGCCGAACUGGCGGUGGCUUCUGCCGAAUUGAUGGGCGCCAUCGCCAAGGUGGUGCUGGCCGAAGAGGCGGCGCUGAUCUUGCGCCUGAAGGUGUUAGAUAACGACACCAAGGAUAAGUUUGGCGUAUUGACGGUGAACCUGUUUUUGCGCUACGCUCCCAGCCACAUCUUCGCUGAUGACAGCUUACUCAGCCAAAUCGUGGACUACGUCACCCUGGCCCUGACCGACGCCAACGCUGAGAUCAGUGAAAAUGGUACCGUGGCCAUCGGUAAGCUCUUGCUUGGCGGUGAUUUAGCUGCAGCUUACGAAGAUAAAGUGUUCGACGCUUUGGCCACUGUCACCGUGGCGCCCCCGUCUCUGUCUACCGUCACUCGCCGGUUAGCACUCGUGGUGAUCCGCACGGUGGCCCGGUUGAAGAACAGUGUCGUCGCGCGCCACUUAGACGCGGUGGUGCCCCUGGUGUUUGCCAGUUUGCGGGACCGGGUGAUCCCGAUCAAGUUAGCCGCAGAAAAGGCCUACUUGGCCGUGUUCAACUUGGUCGAAGACGAACAGGCCGCCAUGUUCGAACAAUGGUUCGCGGGUAAGGACAAGAUUGUCACCGUCACCGGUGCCGAGAUCGUGCCUCGUCUGGUCGGCGAUUACACCAAGCGGGUGGCGCUGAGAUUGGCCACGGCUGAAAGAGAGAAAUUGGCUGCCGGUGGCGACGCCGAAGAAAUGUUCAGUGACCAAUUUGAAGAUGAAAAGGAAGUGUGGAAGGUCGGUGUCUAA